GUAUCUUGACCUGUGCAGCAGCAGCGGUUCGAUUCCACCAUUCCGCAAGCCGGAUAGCGGAAACGUUUGCACCACACUUUGUCAUUUGACUGAGUGAGAGGGUUAUAUUUACAAAACACACGUGUUAGGUUUUCAAGUCAAGUGCUAGUAGUAGUACCAGUACAUCUCAUAGUCAACAGAUAGGUUGUGUCUUUGUGUGUCUGUUUAGUGUAGAAAAAUGGCUGAUGUGAUUGAAGGGCAAUUUAGUGAUGCCGAAGAAAAUGACAAAGUAGAAUUCAUCAGUAUAGAGGGCAAGAAGAAACAAGUGCAGUUCCAAAUAGCAGACAAGUUUAGAAACCUCACUAUUUGUAACCCUUUCUCGGAUCAAGAGGAUUACGAAUCGGAAAGCGAGAAUGACGAUGAAUAUUAUAGAGAUAUCUAUGAUAAUGAAGGACCAGAACACCACCGUAAGAACAACGAAAACUUUAAGCGUGGCAGUUCAAAUGCACAGGUGAGCAGUAACAAAGUGUCAAACUACCAGCCAGCAGAUAAACUGUUCAAGAAAUAUGUCAACAAGAUCAAUGUUGAUCGAUAUGAGGGUCCCCCACUCCCAAUACAUGUGGCCAACCGGGUCAUGGAGACCGAGAAGAAAGUUGAGGCCGAGAGGAUCAGACUGAAGGAUAAACACGACCGAGCCACUGCAGAGCAGGUAAUGGAUCCCCGCACUCGUAUGAUCCUGUUCAAGCUGCUUAAUCGUGGUGUUAUUUCGGAGAUUAAUGGCUGCAUCUCCACGGGGAAGGAGGCCAAUGUAUACCAUGCCACCGCAAUUAUUAAAGAUGGCGUUACAAAGGACGUCGCCAUCAAAAUAUACAAGACAUCAAUUCUGAUUUUCAAAGACAGGGACAAAUAUGUGUCUGGCGAAUUUAGGUUUCGGCACGGUUACUGCCGUCACAACCCACGGAAAAUGGUGCGAACUUGGGCAGAGAAAGAGAUGCGCAACUUGACACGCAUGUACACAGCAAAACUGGCGGUUCCGGAACCUAUGCUGUUGCGCUCACACGUUCUACUCAUGGAAUUUCUCGGCAAGGAUGGCUGGCCCUCGCCAAAAUUGAAGGAUGCUGAGUUGUCACAGAGCAAGGCCUGCAAGCUCUACCGGGACUGUGUAGUUAUGAUGUGGACAAUGUACAACAAGUGUAAGUUGGUACAUGCUGACCUCAGUGAAUAUAAUCUCCUAUAUCAUAAUGGCCAAAUCUACGUGAUCGAUGUUUCACAGUCUGUUGAGCAUGACCACGUGCACUCCACUGAGUUUCUACGCAAAGACUGUACUAACAUUACAGAAUUCUUCCGACGGAACCAGGUGGCCACGAUGACAGUAAGGGAACUAUUUGACUUUGUGACAGACCCAACUAUCACAGACAAGAACAUGGAGGAUUGUCUGGACAGACUCUCGGAGCUGGCUGCUUCCCGGGAACUGGAACCCUCAGAGGAGGAGAAGGUUUCAGAGGAAGUCUUCAAGAGUGCUUAUAUCCCUCAGAGUCUCACAGAGGUGAUAGAUUUUGAAAGGGACAUAACGCGAGUGAAGGCGGACCCGGAGGGCAAGGCUUUAGAGGACCUGACCUAUCGGACUCUACUGGGAAUGGGCCAGGACUUAACACCCCAGACAACCCCUGCACUCCUGGCGGAUUGUAAUGGUAAGACUGGUGGAACGAGCAAUGAUGAGGAGGAGGAGGAGGAGGAGGAGGAGGAGGAAGAAGAAGGAAGCAAGUUUGUCAGCUGUGCCCGACCCAGAGACGAGUCUCCAAACAGCAAAAAGGCAAGAAAGAAAGCAGUCAAGGAACAGCAGGCAGAAAAGAGAAAAACUAAGAUGCCAAAGCAUGUCAAGAAAAGGCAUGAGAAAGUAAAAAAGGCUGCAAAGUAAUUUUGUUCCGAAAUUUAACGUUGUUAUGUACAUAACAUAUAUUUAUACAAGUUUGUAUUAUACAUUUUGAAUUUUAUUAAA